AUGGAAAAGUCUUAUCCAGCGAAACUCUCAGCAUUCACAUCCAUCAAUUCCGAUGAACAAUCACCCACAACGAUUUGUGGAGAAGGAUAUAUCUACACAGGUCCGCUGAGUUCGCAAUGCUAUCAACUCCCAUCGAAAUGUGUCGAAGAAGUCAAAUCUGGAACAACGAACAAUGAGACUAAUAAUCAAUAUCAAUUCAAAGUUAUGCUAUUAGGCGAUAGUGGUGUAGGUAAAACAUGUUUACUUAUACGGUUCAAUGAUGGCGCGUUUCUGACAGGAAGUUUCAUUACGACGGUUGGAAUCGACUAUCGAAGUAAAGUCGUGACACUUGGCGAUAAGAAGAUCAAUCUUCAAAUCUUUGAUACGGCCGGUCAAGAACGUUAUCGUUCGGUGACCCAUUCAUAUUAUCGUGAUGCUCACGCAUUGUUGUUACUCUAUGAUAUUACAUCGUAUUCGUCGUUCGAAAACAUCUCGUCAUGGUUAAGUGAAAUCAAAGAAUGUACGCAAAAUGAUAUUAUUAUUAUGUUGAUUGGAAAUAAAGUCGAUAAAUCUCAACGUGUGGUCUCACGUGAGUCUGGUGAACGUUUAGCUCGUGAUUUUCAAAUAAGUUUUCUCGAAACAUCGGCGAAAACUGGUCAAAAUGUUGAACUGGCAUUUAUGGCGACAGCUCAAGCAUUGCUCGACAAAAAAAUCAAUGAAACCAAUGCUCAUCUUUUAUUGAAUGAUUUAGUCAAAACUAAUAAUUCAGUGACACAUUAUUCAUGUUGUUAA